CUGUACCCAGCCUGAUGCCUGUACCCGGCCUGAUGCCUGUACCCGGCCUGAUGCCUGUACUCAGCCUGAUGCCUGCCAGUUGACUCGAUGCCCGCUGUUGAUCCAGAUGAUCCGGUACCUGAUCCGGUGCCCGCUGUCGUGCCAAUUGACUCAGAGCCCGCUGUCGUACCUGGUGACUUGGUGCCCACUGUCUUGCCAGAUGACGCGGUGCCCGCUGUUGAGCCAAAUGACCUGAUCCCUGGUGACCCGAUGCCCGCUGUCCAGCCAGACGAUCCAAUGUCUGACCCAGUGCCCGCGGUCAUACCAGUUGACUCGGAGCCCACUGUCUUGCCAGAUGACGCGGUGCCCGCUGUCGAGCCAAAUGACCUGAUGCCUGAUGAUCCAAUGUCUGACCCAGUGCCAGCGGUCAUGCCAGUUGACUCGGAGCCCACUGUCGUGCCUGGUGACUCGGUGCCCGCCGCUCCGCCUAGGGGCCCGAGACCUGUCGCUCCGACUGGGGGUCCGGCGCCCGCCGCUCCGCCUGGGGGCCCGAGACCUGUCGCUCCGCCUGGGGGUCCGGCGCCCGCCGCUCCACCUGGGGGGCAGAGACCUGUCGCUCCGCCUGGGGGCCUGAGGCCUGUCGCUCCGCCUGGGGGCCCGAUGCCUGUCGCCCCUCCUGGGGGCCCGGCGCCCGCC